AUGCCCCACCGAGAUGUGAUCUCAUGGAACUCCAUGAUCGGUGGCUAUGCGGAAGCUGGUGGCCAUGACGCUGCUCGCAAGUUGUUCGACACGAUGCCGGAGAGCAAUGUGGUGUCUUGGAAUGUUAUGAUCAAUGGGUAUUUGAAGGGAAAAAGUCCGGAAUGUGGGUUGGAGCUCUUUAGGGAGAUGGGGGAGAAGGGGCCGAGGGGAACUGUGAAUACGAUGGUGAGUGUUGUCACGUCGUGCGGGAGACUGGGCCUCCUUAAAGAGGGGAGGUCUGUGCACGGUUACUAUAUCAAGAACUUUGAGGAGAAUUUGAUAUUUGGGACGGCACUAGUGGAUAUGUACUGCACGUGCUGGAAGGUGGAUGUUGCAAAGAGGGUGUUUGAUAGGAUGUCUGUGAGGAAUUUAGUGUGUUGGAAUGCGAUGGUUACCGGGCAUUGUAUUUUUGGGAAUCCAAAAGAUGGGCUAGCUUUGUUCCACGAGAUGGUUGGAAGAGGGGAAGGUUUUGAAGAUGGUGGAACAAAUGAUGGCUUAGAGAAUGAACUGACUAGGGUCUCACCAGAUGAGAUUACCUUUGCUGGAGUCCUAUGUGCUUGUGCCCGUGCUGGUCUGUUGGCUGAGGGGAAGAAAUACUUCAAUGAAAUGACAAGGUUGUAUAAGCUUACACCUAAUUUCGCUCAUUUUUGGUGCAUGGCUAACCUCUAUGGCAGUCUUGGCCUUGUUCAAGAAGCGGUAGAAGUGUUAAGAAGCAUUCCAGAAGAAACAGGAUCACGGGUGCUGGGUGCUUUGCUUGGGUUGUGUCGGUUUUGUGGAGGCUUGGAGUUGGGUGAAAACAUAGCAAAACGAUUAAUAGAGUUGGAACCUUCUAAUGGUUUUCACUAUGCUUUGGCAUGUAACAUAUAUGUGGCAGCUGGUAAAUGGGGAGAUGUUCAUAAGAUGAAGCAGAUGCUCAAGGAAAGAGGGUUGAGAUUAAUCCCUGGUCAUAGGCUUGUUGAUCUAAAUGAGAUUGUUCACAAUUUGAAAGUUGGAGAAAGGUCACAACAGGAGAUGGAGGAGAUCUAUAUGCUGAUAAAUGACUUGACUUCAAGGUUAAGGUUAACAAGUGGUACAGUAGAUUCGACUGAAAGUAGUCAGAAGUAGUCCAUUACAAUGACAAGUGCUUAUUGUUUGGUUUCAUUACCAUCUUCCCAGCUUGUAAGAAUUGGUUUUUCAUCGGCGUUGCCAAUGCUUACAUAACAAGUAAUCCAAGAAGCAGAUUCUUUAUUUAUGUCUGCUUGAUCAUAGGGUAUGUGGUCUCAUACUUCUAUCAGAAAAUUUCAGGAGAGUUUUGGUCGUAGACUACAAUUUUGUUUCAGAUUCAGUCAAGCAGCCCAUAUCAUUUAACCAAUUUAUUGUCUCGGAAUGGCUGAAAAAGGUUGUUCUGCUUUUUAUAUAUCAAUAUAAAGUUCAGCUGAGAAAAUUUUGUCAAAGCAGUGAAAAUAACAGUCUGAGGAAACGAUUUUUCAUGUCAAGGAAACAGUUGAGAGCAUUUACUCAUGAUAGCUCAAUCUUUGCAGCAUCAGAAAGCUUCUCUUGAUCACUGCAGCGAAAUGUUCCUCUUUUAACUCGUUCAUCAGAAAAGGUUCUAAAAUCUCCCGCAUAGAUGCGAAUGUGAACACAAGUUGUGUCCAACAGCUUGGGAUGACCAUAAGCCAAGAUCAGGCUCCGACUAUCUGCCCCUUGUUGAUAAUUGGGUGGAAAAGAAAAGAGAAUUUGUGGUGAUUUUGCCAAAUCAGCAUUAGUUUCUCCUGCUGACUCUUGAUUACUUCAUUGAAGGCAUUUCAAAAUUACGCUUCUGGUGCUGAGCCAAUGGUGAACUUGACAUUUAUUUCAAAAAUGGUGCUAUUGCAGUUCCUUGGUUUUGCUUUACAUUCUUAGUUAAACAAAUUAUUUCUUUUAAAAUUGAAUAAACCUUUGAAGGAUACUCACAAUUCCCCUGGCCGGAUACUCGUGGAAGCUUGAGGCUUGUAUUUGUUGAGCUCAAGGGGGGAGGAGGGUUGGAAGAUGUAAUAUUAUUUCUAUUUAUUUCUUGUCUGGAAGCUUUGAGGCAUAUUAAGGUAUAUUUUGUAAAUCUCCACUUGAAUUAACCAAUUCCCCUGGGACUUGUGAGAGAGGUGAUUAGUUUUGGCUACUGGCAUUUUUAUGUAACUGAGAUAUGUUCAUUCCUUUUCUUCAACAAUUUUAAUUCUAUUAUCGGGGAUAAUCCAAUUAGUCCCAUAAACCGAGCUUUUGGAACCUUUAGAACUAUCCAUUUUUCUAUUUGUUUUCCUGAUAAUUCAACAAUGGCCUCUUUUGAGCCAGUAACAUCACUCCUAGAAGAAGAACAAGUUGAAGAACCAAGAUAAAUAGUUCAUUACACACACACACACACACACACACAC